AUGCUUAGACAGAAAGGCUACAUUGGCCGUCAGCUCCGACCAUCGCAGUUAGCGCGGGAACUACUGCCGCAAGAUCAGACGUGGUGCGUUACUUGUCAUUUGGCAGUAUUAAAGAAGAAUUGGAUGCAACACCGGGAAUCCCGCAGUCAUCGUUUGGCCUCCGUGAAACUGCAGAAAAUGAAGCGAUUGUCACUUGAUAUGUGGGCACAACAUCGUGGGGCGCCGCUGCAGGAAGAAAGUGCACAUGAGGCGAGUAUGGAAAUGGAGUUUGAGAGAUUCCGCGCAGAGCAGCGGCAACGUGAAAAAAUGACACACAUUCAACCAAAGAGUAAUUGGUAA